AUGAGUGACUUUGAACCAGUCAAGAUGUCUGAAGCGAUGACUACUGGCCUUACUCAGCCUUAUGAGUUAUCGGAAGACCAGCUUGCUUCGUACGAGCGCGACGGAUUUUUGAUUCUGCGUGACCUCCUCGACCAGCCGAUGACGGAAGAGAUCCAGGCUUGGUCCAAAGCCGUGCACGAUGCACCAUAUGAGCCUGGAAAGUGGAUGCCGUACGAAGAACAGCGCGAAGACGGUACGCGCGUGCUGUGCCGUACAGAGAACUUUGCCGACUUCCACAGCGGAUUCAACACCUUGUUCCGUGGCAAGCGCAUGCUGAGCAUUCUUGAAAAGAUUAACCACGAACCUAUGGUCUUGUUUAAGGAAAAGAUCAACUACAAGCAUCCGGGUGCUGGCGGAUUUGAUGCACACACGGAUGCGCCUGCCUACCAGCAUGCCGGUACGCUCAAGCACCUUACCAUCAACAUGGCUAUUGAUGAAGCCAACCAGGAGAACGGAUGCCUUGAGGUCGUUCCGGGUAGCCAUAAGAUGCAAGUCCCUAUUGGCGAUGAUAACUGCAUCGAGCACGAAUGGGAAUCGAAGCAGACGUGGGUCCCUGUUUUCCUCCAACCUGGCGACACGCUUGUCUUUGGAUCCUUCCUGGCGCACCGCAGUGGUUCCAACCGGUCUACAAAGCGCCGUGCCGCAAUUUACGCCACGUUCAAUGCCUUUUCGGAUGGUGGUGAUCGUCACACAGCCUACUACAUCAAGCGCCGAAAGGAGUGGCCGCCGACACAGGAGCGCAUCCAGGGCGAGGAUUACUCCAUGGGUGCAAAGCUCUAUGGAUUUGGGUCACCUAUGUGGGGCGCGACAGACAUGAGCCGUCUGCAAACGACACGGUUGGGAACGACUGGAUCCGUCCGCUCGGCCCAGGCGUCAGUUUAA